AUGUCAGCAAAAUAUGUCGUUGAUGUUGCAGAAUACUUCUGCUUGGGGAUUUAUCUGGUGGGGAAAGGAGGUUCGAUGAACCCCCAGAAAGUUUUUGGGGAAACAAGCAAGAUUGGAUUGAGUGUUGCUACUACUGUGGUUGCUGAAGAAGAAUCGAAUAAUCAAGGGCGGAGAACAGGGUAUCGUGGCUCUAUUUCUGGUCACAAUAUUGUCAAUCGUAAUAGAAAGGAAGUGGAAGCUCAUAAUCCAUAUUUCAAACAAAGGACAGAUGCUCUUGGUGUUCUUGGUUUAUCUUGCCUUCAAAAGAUAACUGCAGCUCACAGAAUACUUGCAUAUGGUAUUCUUGCAGAUCUUACUGAUGAAUAUCUUCGAAUUGGAGAAACCACUGUGAUAGAAAGUCUUAAAGCUUUCGUCAAAGUAAUCGUAGAAGUUUUUGGUGAUUGGUAUCUAAGGGCACCAAACGAGGCCAAUAUUUAUCGAUUAUUAUCAAUUGGAGAGCAGCAGGCGGUGGCUUCACAAGAUCUUUGGAUAUGGCAUGCCUUUUUUGGAAUGCCUGGAUCAUUAAAUGAUAUUAAUGUUCUUGAUCGGUCACCUAUCUUUGCUGCACUUGCUGAAGGUCGUACUGCUCCUGUCAAUUAUACAAUUAAUGGGCAUGAAUAUACAAUGGGAUACUAUUUAGCAGAUGAGAUUUAUCCUAAUUGGUCAACCUUUGUUAAGACAAUCUCAAGACCAUUAGGAGCAAAGAGAAAAUAUUUUGCAAGCAAGCAAGAGUCUGCAAGAAAAGAUGUGGAGCGGGCAUUUGGGGUGCUCCAAUCUUGUUUUGUAAUUGUACGUGGACCUGUUCGAUACUGGGAUGAAGAAACGCUUGCAUAUAUUAUGUAA